GGCACCCUAUCUAUUUCAAGGCUGGAAACCUAAUAUCAGAUCAUCUGCCCCCAACUUCUCCAUCUUCCUCGUCUACCCCAACCGUACCUGCAUAUUCGCCCCCAAAAGCGCAUUGUGCAAAAACAGAACCGGUGUUACGAAUUCGACCUGGCCAUCAUGCCUGACAACAUCAAAAGCGAGGAACUGGCAUCGCACGGCUGGAUGUCAGUUCCCCGCUCACAGUUGAAGACCCUUGCGCAUGCUACUCGUAAUUCCCCGGCGAAAGUUUCGGUAGACGAUAUAACGUUACCAAAUUCGAGUCUUGUAAAACAGACACUUGAAUUUGCGAAGAAGGAGCUCCCUAAACAAACAUUCAAUCAUAGCAUGCGAGUCUAUUAUUAUGGCUCCGCAAUCGUAAAACACCAUCUCCCACAGAUGGAACCAAUGCUUGAGACAUACUCCCUAACUUGUCUCCUGCACGACAUUGGAACCACUAGAACGAAUCUGAACGCCACACGCAUGUCAUUUGAGUUCCACGGUGGGUUUCUGGCACUCAACCUACUUCAGAAACACGGCGCUUCAAAGUCUCAAGCAGAGAGCGUCUGUGAGGCGAUUAUUCGACACCAAGAUUUAGGGGAGAGUGGGUCCAUCUCAAGUGUUGGCCAGCUAAUACAACUGGCCACGGUGUUUGAUAACAUGGGCAUCAACCCUCAUCUGAUCCAUCAAGACACUAUUCACAGCGUUGUUGCUGCCUUCCCGCGCGAGAAGUGGUCCAGCUGCUUCGCCGAGACCAUUCGUGAGGAGAUUAGUCUCAAGCCUUGGUGUCAUACCACAGCCAUUGACGGCUUUUCCGAAGGGGUCGAGAAGAACCAAUUGAUGGAACCUUGGGACUAGUUUAUUAAGAGAGACGUAAGGGGAUGGCGAAUA